AUGCCAGAAUUUUUAAGAAAUGGUCCAGUUUUCCCUAAUAAAGAGUUGCAACUUGAUACUAGGUUGAAACCAAUCCAUUUCAAACGUACUGUAGAUGAUGAAUCAAUUCUUACGGCAUUCCCAAUAUAUCAUCCUGAUGAAAUUCCUUUAGAAUUAUUAAAAUUUAUGUGGAAAGAAUUUAACAAGGAAAUUGAAGGGGGCUUAACAUACCCUCAGUUCGACCAAUUAUCAUUUAAAGAGUAUAAGGAUUAUUGGUUUCAUUCUUUCACUUGUAUAGUCUUAGAAACAUCAGAAACAAACAUUAAAUCCGAAAAAUUUGAACAAGAAAAAAACUGGGAUCGUAUUUUUUGUGGUAGUUUCUAUAUUAAACCAAAUUACUUGGGACAUUGUUCACACAAUUGUAACGCUGGUUUUUUUGUCCCACCAUGGCGUAGAAAACAAAAAAUUGCCUACAGAAUGGGACAAAUUUAUUUGAAAUGGGCACCAUUAUUAGGUUAUACCUACAGUGUGUUUAAUUUAGUCUUUGUCAGUAAUGUAGGUAGUGUAAAAAUUUGGGACAAACUAGAAUUUAAUCGUAUUGGUUAUGUUCCAAAUGUUGGUAAAAUUGGAGGGAAAACUGAAAAUACCGUGAAAAGUACGGAUGCGAUAAUUUUUGGUAAAAAUUUAACAGAUUUAAACACGCCAUCAAUAUUUGCCGAUUUUGUUGAAGUGUGA